AUGUCUGUCCCUACGAUCGGGCGCGAUACGGCCUUCCAGGUCCGCUCCUUGUUCCGCUCAUUGCUGCGUCAGUCCUCCCAGUUCUCGAACUACAACUUCCGCGAGUACGCCCGCCGGCGCACAGUGGAUGCCUUCCACGAGCAUCAGAAGGAGACGGAAGAUAGACGGAUACAAGAAUUGAUCCAGGAUGGAAUCCAGAACCUGCGGAUGCUGAAGCGUCAAACUGUGAUCAGCCAGUUCUACCAAAUGGACAAACUGGUUGUCGAGGGUCAGAAUACAGGCAAGCAAACUGGUAGUGAGGGUGGCAUUGUUCGCCAGAAGGAUACUGGCUGGGACUAA